CAUUAUUGCAACUUGCAAGAACAAACUCAACAACAAAAACGCAGCUGCAUUCCUCGCACUGAUCUCAACUCGCCUAAUUCAGUAAAACCGGCAGGAAAUCAUUGGCGGAUCCCGUCGUCGGCCGCCAGAAUCAGGUAUUGAGCUGGUUUUAAAUGGCUCGUUCCUCCAAACUCUAUCACCACUUCAACCACAUUAGGACUUUCGUGAAUGCGAGGGUUAAAUGGGUUCGAGAUCCCGAUCUCGACACUGCAGUUCUCAAAGAGAAAAAUCUCAAACACCUAAUUUCUCUCAAGAACCAUAUUGUUUCAUCUCCUUCCAAAUCCUUAUCCAUCUACAAUGCGUCCAUGUUGAAAUCUUCACUCGACCUUCCUAUGACAACGGUCAAAUUCGUUGAGAAAUAUCGUCAUGUUUUCUGUCAGUUCCAACCGGGUCCUGGUCUCCCUCCACGCGUUAAGCUUACUACUCAGGCUUUAUCGCUCCAUAAAGAAGAGAUGGAAGUGCAUAAUUCUCCUAUUAACCGUGAAGAGACUGUUCGGAGGCUUGCAAGGCUUCUGAUGCUUGCUGGCAUGGAGAGAUUGCCGAUUUAUGUGAUUGAGAAGCUAAAGUGGGAUAUGGGUCUUCCGCAUGAUUAUGUUAGAAAUCUUUUGGCUUAUUACCCGGAUUAUUUUGAUGUUUGUGUGGUAAACGAUCCGUCGUCUGGGGAAGCUGUGCUUGCUUUAGAACUUGUUUCUUGGAGAAAAGAUCUUUCUGUGUCUGAGUUAGAGAAGAGGGUAAUGAGCUCGAACUAUGGUGCAGAUAAAAGACGACAUGAUAUUGCAUUUCCCAUGUUUUUACCCCCAAGUUUUGCUUUAGAGAAAAGGGUGAAAGCUUGGGUUGAGGGUUGGCAAACGUUGCCUUACAUUUCCCCAUAUGAAAAUGCAUUUCAUCUCGACUCAAAUAGUGACCAGGCAGAGAAGUGGACAGUGGCAAUUUUGCAUGAAUUGCUUUCUCUUUUAGUGUCAAAGAAGACAGAAAGAGAGAAUUUGAUUUGUUAUGGAGAGUGUUUGGGGUUGGGCUCGAGAUUUAAGAAGGCUUUGGUUCAUCAUCCUGGUAUAUUUUACAUCUGUAAUAAGAUUAGGAUUCAGACUGUCGUGCUUAGGGAGGCUUACAGAAAUGAGUUUCUGGUUAAGAAACAUCCUGUGAUGGGUAUGAGAUAUUGGUACAUUCACCUCAUGACGAAGACAUAGAAGCACCGUAUAGAGGUUGAUUUGAAGAUGGUGAUGAAAUUGAAACUUGGCUACUGAACCUGAAGUAUUUUUUAGCUAUGGCUAUGAGCUUCUGGUUAAGAAACAUCAAGUGGAGGGUAUGAGAUAUUGAUACAUUCACCUCAUGACAGAGGCGUAAAAGUUCCAUAAACAAGUGGAUUUGGAGGUUGAUGAUGAAAUUGUAGCCUGACUGCUGAACCUGAAGUAGAUUCUACUUCAAACUAUCUAGCAUAGUAAUGAAACAAAAUUUCCAAGUUACUUGUUUUCGCAACUGACAUACUGAUUGUUAAGAUGUUUCCUUUGGAAAAUAAUGGUUGCAAGUUCAAGAGCUAUUUAUAAACCUAAUUUUCAUGAAUUACCAUUUUUAUUAUGCUGGAUGUUGGGAAAUUGUGCUAGUUGCCAAAGUUUUAAAUUUUAGGCAAAUCAGUUGUGGUUACCGACUGCAAUUUAAAAUCUUAAUAGUUGGUUGGUACUGAUGCUAACGAGGUUAUCAGUCACUGUAAAUUAUAGAGGAAUGGAUGUCUGCCAUGCCUAAACAACUAUUUGUGUAUAAUUUUCAGUGUUGUAUUAAUUGUGGCUGCUGGCUACAAUAGUGGUUGAUUGUGACUAUGGCUGUGAUUAACAGUCCUGUCUUUGUUUUUUGCCACGGACAAAAUACCUGUUUUGCCCACUUUAAACAUUACCGUGUACAUAGGGGCUUACUUGCUUCCCUUCAUCGAUUGCAUAUUGAAGUAUUUUAUUGUUAGCUCCUCCUGUUUGGUUAUGUAGUCAUACAAAGAAGGACCGUGCUCUAUCUAUCUUCUGCAACCCACCUAUUACUUGGCCAAACUUGCAUCCAUGCAUCUGAUCUGAAAAGGGAAAAAAGAUACUUGAGUUACUUGUGGAAAAAGUGUGCCAUCACCCAAGGGGAGUGAUAUUAUGAUAGUUAUACUUAGUUAGAUGUUGUUUAUCUUUUUCUGAUAUCUAUUAUAAUUAUAGUAACUAAUAUCUAGAAGUUUUCCAGCCUGUUAAUGACUGUCGGAUACUAACUGUUAAUAUAAGUACCUUUUAAUGUGUCUAUUAUUCAGAUCAUUAUAUUAUGGUUUCAGAUUCAACAUACAUGUUCCAUCUGCACUUAUUUCUCUACCUCAGAUUCAAUCAUGGUCAAAUGUCUAUUACAUGGUUUAUAAUAUCUAAUUCAGAAAAUUAGGAAAACAGCUAAAGAUAUCAGAAAUAUAAAUUAAAUCAAAUACAUCUCAACACCAGUCAAGUCUGUCCUUUUCACAGCUCAGUCAAAUUCUAAGUUUAGCAAAAAAUAAAUAAAUGUAAUUUACAUUUACUGUGAAAUUAUAACAUUGCUACUUCCCAAGUGCAUGCAUGGUCUUCUCUAGGUACAUGUCUAACUAUGUUAAUGCAUUCCCCCUCAAGUUGGAGCAUACAAGUGAAAUGCUCUAAAGCUUGGAACAAAUAAAUUGAACUCUUUGCCCCCAUAGAGAUUUUGUGAAGAUCUCUAUUAGUUGAUCACUAGAGCUAACAACUCUAUUAUGAACUCCUUAGAAAUAACUUUCUCGGCUGAUCUUCUAUUUAUACGCUCAGCAAUAAAUAUAUAAAUACAACUCCCAAUACUAACAAUAAUUCCAACACACAGCAUCUUUUGGCUCCUAAGUUUGACUAUAGAUUAUCGCCAACUAGCCUGUUCCUGUCCAUUGAGGGCCAGCGAUAGGCCACCUGGGCCAGCAUAUUUUGGUUGAGCUAAAUUAUAAUUAUUUACUUUUAGAUAUAAUAUGCCUUAAAUUCACACAAUUCUCCCAAAUUUUCAAACAUAAAAUAUAUAUUUUUUGGGGGGCCUAACCCGAAGAAUUGUGAAUGGAAAAAUUUACCAUAUUUUAUCCAAUUUUUUCUGUCAUCUAUUUGUAAUCUUAGCAUUAAAAAAGCAUUGUCUUAAAUUCAUUUUCUAUUUU